AUGGCCGAAAAUCUUCACCGCACCUCUGCUGCUGAGAGCCUCGCACUCUUUGUGCCCCAGACCGAUGAAGAAAGGACCAAGGAGGAGUACAUCAACUCCCAUCCACUUACUGCUUCACUCCGUGCCGACCCCAAUCUUGUUGAAUCCCGCCCGCACAUGCAACUUCCACCCGCAUGGCGCAAAAUCAACCUUACUGCUGGUACUCUCAUGGGUCCUGGCAAGGUGACCGUCCCUCCCUUCAGCUGGGCAGCUCGAGAUGGGUCCAAUUAUGUACAAAUUAGUCAUGUUGGAACUGACUUGUGCGGCCAUGUCGGUAUUGUCCAUGGUGGCUUCCUAGCGACAAUGUUGGAUGAAGGAUUGGCAAGAUGUUGUUUUCCCGUCCUGCCUCAUCAAGUCGGCGUGACAGCCAAGCUGGAGAUCAACUAUAAAGCGCCGGCUAUGGCUGAUCAGUUUUUGGUGCUGCGGGCGAGGACGACAAAAGUGGAAGGCCGGAAAGCUUGGGUUGAAGGGCAUAUUGAGACACUUCCAGGGGAGGAGGGGAAAGAGCCAACAAUUCUGGCAACAGCGAGCGCACUUUAUGUCUCGCCCAAGAACGCUGAGACAAUGGCAAAGUUGGUCCGCACUGGGUUUGUGAUUUGCGACCGUAAUCGGACACUGCCCCACCCUCUGUUCACUGGCGGCUACUUUAACGAAGAGUUGCUUCUCAAUCCCAGCAAUAUCACAUGGCAUCCUUCGCUCAGCCGCCGUGAGCGCUUUCAGCUACGCGGUCAGCGAGGCUUCACGGUCUGGUUCACGGGACUGUCGGCUUCGGGCAAGUCGACUGUAGCAACUGCCCUCGAACAGCACCUCCUCCAUCUCGGGCUGGCAGCAUACCGCCUCGAUGGCGAUAAUAUCCGAUUUGGGUUGAACAAGGACUUGGGGUUCUCCGAGAAAGACCGUAAUGAGAAUAUCCGCCGCAUUGCUGAGGUUGCGAAGCUCUUUGCUGACUCAGCUACCAUUGCCAUCACCUCUUUCAUCUCCCCCUACCGUGCCGACCGCCAGAUGGCACGAGAGUUACAUGCUUCCUCGCAGGCUGGCGAUGAUCCUCUCCCUUUCAUCGAAGUCUUUGUUGAUGUCCCUUUGGAGGAGGCCGAGAAACGUGACCCUAAAGGGCUGUAUAAGAAGGCUCGCGCUGGAGAGAUCAAAGAGUUUACCGGGAUAUCGGCGCCAUAUGAGGCCCCUGAGAACCCCGAAAUCACCAUCCGAACUCAUGAAUUAAGUGUCGAAGAAUGUGUUCAAAAAAUCGUGGACUACCUCAAGGAACAGGGACUGAUCACACAGACCGAAGAAACCAGGUGA